GCCUCCUCCUCCUCCCCUUCCUCCUCCUCCUCCUCCUCUCCGCCCUCCUGUCCCGACAUGGCGGCCCCCGCGGAGCUCAGCGGGCUGACGGACGAGGCAGCCUACGGGGCCUGCUCGGAGCCGGAUGCCAGCACCAAGGAUUUCAUAUUUCAGCAGACAAUGUUAAGAGUAAAGGAUCCUAAGAAGUCAUUGGAUUUUUAUACAAGGGUACUGGGAAUGACACUGCUUCAAAAAUUUGACUUUCCUACUAUGAAAUUCUCACUCUAUUUCCUGGGGUAUGAAGAUAAAAACGAUAUCCCGAAAGAUAAAGCUGAGAGAACACCUUGGACCUUCUCUAGAAAAGCUACACUUGAACUGACACACAACUGGGGCACUGAAAAUGAUGACAGUCAGUCUUAUCACAAUGGCAAUUCAGAUCCCCGAGGAUUUGGACACAUUGGAAUUGCUGUUCCUGAUGUCUAUAAAGCUUGUAAGAGGUUUGAAGAACUAGGAGUGAAAUUUGUGAAGAAACCAGAUGAUGGUAAAAUGAAAGGACUUGCAUUUGUUCAGGAUCCUGAUGGCUACUGGAUUGAAAUUUUGAAUCCUAACCACAUGGUGACUCUCACUUAGUUCUAGGGAAGUAUACUGUGUAAGAGAUGCCCACUUUCAGUCUCCUGGAGAAAAUCUGUAACAGUGUUUGUGAAAUUUGCUUAAUAGAGAGGAAUCAGUCAUGUUCAGAGUCUCCUUCAAAACUGUCCCCCGGGACGUCACUUGGAUUCCUUUUUUCUUGUCCUGUGAUGCCACUGCAAAUUGUUUCCUGUUAGGAAUACUCAAUCAUUUUCUGGAAGAGCACUUACACAGAUUCUCCGCUUGAACAUUCAUUCUGUUAAUAUUUCAAUAAACACUGUCCAAAGAUACAUGACUAGAAACUCACUGCAUCUCAUACUGAUUAGAUUUAAACUAACCAACAACAAAUCCUAUGUUACUACUGAUGAGCAUCAAUGAGGAGGAAAAAAGAAAUUAGAGUAUUUUUUUAUGAAGUCAAAAGAUCCUGAAGACUUCAUGUCCUAUCUUGUAAACUAGAAAAUAAAACAUCAGACUGACUUUGACUUGAGUAGUAGCAUGCUUAUAAAGUCAUAAUCUUGCUUACAUUAUUCCAGCCAACUCUUUUAAGGAGCAGCCUUAAACAGUCUUGCAACAAGAAAUUCUGUAAUUAAAAUAAAUCUGCCCAGCAGAAAGAAUUCGGUCUUUCAGCUCAGCUCCUAACUGCUGACUGACAGCCAAGAGAAGAGGUCUCACAGUUGCUAACUCACAGUGACCCUUCUUAACACUAGGAAGAACUUGUCCAUAAUUUUUGUUUCAACAAAAGCCUGGGGCUGUGUUUGACUUAAAUGCUCUGUAUAUUCUGCCUUAGGAAUUUAAUGAAAAAGAGUAUCUGAAAGAACAGUUUCCUACUACUAGACAUUUGCUCUGCCCUCCCAAAACAACCAAUGGUACAUGCCUGCAAACAGCAGGAAAACAUGUAGCAUUUACAUGUGUUACUCAAAUUAUUUGAUUUUAUGCAGUUUCACAUGUUAUAAACAGUGUAAACGAUGAGAAGUUUUGAAAUUCUUUUUUUCUUCCAACAAGGAAAGAAAAACCCUCUGCCUUGCCUGACUCUGGUUUGAGUAGCACUUAACUUCUUCAGUUAUGUGGCUAUCAAAUAAUGUAUAGUGUAACCAAAGGCUAACAAACAGUGUAAUGGCAUUGCAGUUCCCUUCUCAAUAAAGCAUUGGUGAAAACUACAUAAAAUUUGAAAGGAC